CACACAAGCUGAGUGGUAGAAAACACCCGAAGUGUCAGAUCAAAUUCGAGGGCCCUGACUCACAAAUAUUCCACUCCUCCUCAACCGCGAUAAUCCAAUCUUUCAGUUUGCAUAGCAACAACUCCUCUUCCACGAUGAUCUGGCAAGAUUUUCUUGCAGCAACAGCACUCGGUGUAUCCGCUCACCUGGGCAUAUUCAUUCGAGGAGAAUGGCAUCUUCGUGCACCCAGUGUUGUUGCCUGCCAUGUAGCUGCUCUAGCCGCAGGCAUCUCCCUGCAUAUCCAUAAAAGCCCCGAAGCAGCAAGUUCUAUAGCAGUAUGGUGGCUACAAUGCUUUUCGUAUUAUCUGUUUGGCAUGUUCACCAGCAUCACUAUUUAUCGUCUGUUCUUCCACCGUAUCGGCCACUUCCCUGGUCCUCGCGCUGCAGCCGUUAGCAAAUUGUGGAGUGUCUACAAGUGUCGGGAUUCGCGAAACCACUUGUUCCUUGAUGGACUACACAAGAAAUAUGGUAACUUUGUGCGGACAGGUCCCUCUGAAAUUACCAUCUUCCACCCCAAGGCAUGGGAAGCCAUGGACGGAGCUGGCAAUGCCAAUAUCCGCUCCGAUUGGUAUGAUAUAGUGCAUCCGCGUGUUUCGCCUAUCUUCUCCCGUAAAGAGGAGGAUCACACUGAGCGACGCAAAGUAUGGAAUCGAGCACUGUCAACAAAAUCAAUUCGAGAGUAUCUCCCUCGCAUCCUCGAGCAAAUCGGGACAUUAGAGUCGAUCAUUGCAAGUGCAAACAGCCAGCCAGUAGUACCCAACGACAUCAUGCAAUGGUUUGCCUUUGACUCUAUGGGUGAAUUCGCCUUCAAUGAGAACUUUAGCAUGAUGAAAACUAAGACAUGGCACCGCGCUAUCAUGCAACAGCGCUCUGCACUCGCUAUUCUCGGCUCGCUCAAUCACACCGUUUGGGCUAUUCGAUUGGCGUUUGCAUUUCUGGCCCGCUUCUGGCGUGUGAAGGACUGGAUGGGAAUGAUCUCUUUCUGUGAUCAAUGCAUGGAGCGCCGGCUUCAGACUGAGGCUACACAGCCGGAUAUUGCUUCUCAUUUUAUUAAAGAGUUCCACGAAGGGAGGAACGAGAAGAAUUGGGUGGCCAAGAAGCAAUUGCUGAGUGGAAACACUGUUUCGGUCAUUGUGGGUGGAAGCGACACAACUGGUCCGAGUCUGAUCCUGCUGUGGUACUUCAUGGCACUGUAUCCCGAGCAGGCCGAACGCGUAUACCAAGAGGUCAAGGAUGUCGAUCCAUCCGAUAUCAAUACUCUGGCAAACCUGCCAUGUCUCAAUGGUUUCAUCAACGAGAGUAUGCGACUCAUCCCCGCCGCUCUCACCAUGGGCACACGCACGACUCCUGAGGAGGGCAUGACAGUAGACGGAACAUACAUUCCUGGCGGCAUCAAGGUUGCUGCGCCCAAGUAUACAAUUUUCCGAAUGGAAAGCGCAUUCGAAGAUCCACUGUCCUUCAUCCCAGAACGCUGGUAUAGCCGACCAGAAAUGAUCCGCGACAAGAGCGCUUUUGCACCCUUUGGUGUUGGUCGCCGUGUGUGCGUUGGAAAGAACCUAGCUCUUACUCAGAUUCGCUUGGUAGCUACGAUCUUGCUUUCACGAUAUCACGUCCGUUUUGCCCCCGGCGAGACUGGCGAGGCUGUGGAGCGCGAUAUGCGAGAUCAGUUAACCGCGCAGCCUGGUCGCUAUGCGGUAGUUUUUGAGCCGCGAAGUCAAGCUGUCUCAUCUUGAUUGUUGUUCGUUUUUUCAUUCAUGCAGCAGGAAAGUUUUGUUUUACUAUGUAUCUCUGAGUUCUGAGACUAGAUACCCAAGUCAUCCAAUUGUAACCUCU